AUGGAGUUUGAUACGUCUUUUGAAGGGCCGUCUGACGAUAGGAAGUUCAUUGCAUUGGUUGUCUCGGAUAAUGAGGAUGAUUAUAAUUCACAAGAGGAUUCUGAUCGUGAAGAUGCUGUACGAUCGCCCUCGAAGGGCGUGAGUGAGCAAGGAAUGAAUGUUAUGGCCAGUGCUUCGUCAAGGGCUACUCCUUCGUCGAUUGGCCCAGGAAAAACAAGGUCGGAAGAGAAGAAACGGUGGUCUUUCAUGUCGAACCACUCGUCUUCUUCAGGUGCUGCAAAGAAAAGAUGGUCUGCGUUGUCGACUUUUACAUUAGAUUCUGGAACAGGCCAUUCAAGGGAAUCUAAGGACAAGGAGAAUCGAGAUUCGAAAUUUCUUAAAAGAGUCUCGACCCACAGCUCUCUUUCAUCGCACAAACGGGGCUCCGUUGCGAGCGUCGAGGCUGACCAGGCGGCCAAGUCGCCGCGUUCCAUGAAAAGGAGCUCAACUGGGUCAUCUUUGAGACAGUUAUUCGGCCUUAUUGCGCUUAACGAUGAGAACAAAGAAAACCAGGUGAAGAAAGAUCGCGACCUGUUUAAGGCACCAUCAAUAAUUCCUUCGCAGAAUCCGAAAUCCUACGGUGUACAGUCUAAGGAGCGCCGCAAUUCGAAUUUUAGGGCUCCGUUGGCGCCUGUGGUAAACGAAGCGAAUCGUCAGCGCCAUUCCAUCAUGCUCGCCCAGGACAGCGCCAACAGCUAUCAUAGCGGUAGCUCGAUGUAUACGACCGCUGUAUCAGGAAAUGCGGCGGGCUUCCACACACAUUCACCGAGCAUGUCUUCGCUUUCUUCGAUCGCAUCUACAAGUUCCAAAUGGAAAUUUUGGAAAAGAGGCAGUAGCGCUUCUCUAUCGAGGUCAUCGUCCAGUCAAUCACUUAAGAUCGUUCAUGAUAAUGGUUCAUUGAUGGCAGAUACCAAAAUAAAAGGAAAGAGCUCUUUUGCAGAGCUACACAAAGCUGUCUUCUCGUAUAAUAAUGGGACAGCUGGUACUAUGGACUACAGCGACAACUCAUCGAUUACAUCGAACUCAUUAAAAAAGAGACCAUCAUCAUCUAAUAUUUCUUUGAAUGGGUUGAAACACAGAUCAUCGCAAUCAAGUCUAAAGCACAAGGGCUCCCAUAGCUCAUUACAAAGGUUAAAGACGAGAACAAAGUCCAACAAUACUGGUGGCGAUGACUCCUCCUCAUUGACCUCUCAGGGUCCUCAAAUCUCAUUACCUGUGCCGGAUCAGGCUUCUCGCGAUAAAAUCAGAGCCAAGCUUAGAAACUCGAGUUCUCUUCUUUCGCUGACGUCUUCAACCCCAGUUAUAAUGAAGGAUUAUGACGAAGCAAUAUUAAGCCAAAUUUUAGACAUCUGUGAUAUCAAGCAUAUCGUCUCAGAGAAAGAGACAAUGGCUUCCCUGAAAAACUCUAAAAAGCUGACCACCCAUGUCUGGAGCUGUCAAAACAAUGAUGGUGCAGUAGUGUUCAAGAAACUGCCGCUGGGAAUGCUAGAAGAUGUCACUUACUCUAAAACGAUGUGUUUACAAGAGCUCAAAAUGUUGAGACUUUGUAAAGGAACUACUGGAUUACCAUGGCUGCUACACUCCUAUGUGAUACAAGAAGAUUCGGAAACGAGGGGACACGACACAAAUGCCCCACUAUUUCUACUUCUUAUCUUGAAAGAUCACGGAACUCCUUUGAGUGUUGUCAAUUUAACAAGCUGGUCGCAAGCGCUGUACAUCUUUUGGCAAUGUGUCACUAUACUUUACGUUGCAGAGACAAAAUUUCAAUUCGAGCACAGAAACCUAAUCCUGGAACACAUUCUAGUCGACAAGAAGCUCAAUGUCACGCUGUGUGACCUGAAGUGCAGUAGAGCUCAGAAAGGGCCCGAUCAACCCGUAAUCUACACCAGACUAGAUCACCCACUAUUCUUCCAGGGCGGCGGUGACUACCAAUACGAAAUUUACAAACUUAUGCGCUUCGUUCUCGCAGAGGCAUCUUCUUGGGAAGAGUACGAACCUAGAACAAACCUUAUGUGGUUGCACUAUCUGUGCGUGAAAUUUAUCCAAAGAUAUGAAGGCAAACUGAACAGGUCAGGCUCGAGCAGGGAUAAACUGAUCAAACUGACACAGCUAAUCGACCAAUGCUCAUCAAGCAAACGGGGUCUAUUCAAAAGGCAUGACAUAGAGAUUAGAACCUGCGGCGAUUUGCUGAGGUUUAAAUAG